AAUGUGGAGCCGGAGUCCCGGAACCUCUCCCUGGGCGGCCAUGUGGGCUUCGACAGCCUCCCUGACCAGCUGGUCAGCAAGUCAGUCACUCAAGGCUUCAGCUUCAACAUCCUCUGUGUGGGGGAGACCGGCAUUGGCAAGUCCACCCUGAUGAACACACUCUUCAACACGACCUUUGAGACCGAGGAGGCCAGUCACCACGAGGAGUGCGUGCACCUGCGGCCUCAGACCUACGACCUCCAGGAGAGCAAUGUGCACCUCAAGCUGACCAUUGUGGACGCUGUGGGUUUCGGGGACCAGAUCAAUAAGGACGACAGUUACAGGCCCAUAGUCGACUACAUCGAUGCACAGUUUGAAAACUAUCUGCAGGAGGAGCUGAAGAUCCGCCGCUCCCUCUUCGACUACCACGACACGAGGAUCCAUGUGUGCCUCUACUUCAUCACGCCCACUGGGCACUCCCUGAAGUCCUUGGACCUGGUGACCAUGAAGAAGCUAGACAGCAAGGUGAACAUAAUUCCCAUCAUUGCCAAGGCUGACACCAUCUCCAAGAGUGAGCUCCACAAGUUCAAGAUCAAGAUCAUGGGCGAGUUGGUCAGCAAUGGGGUCCAGAUCUACCAGUUUCCCACUGAUGACGAGGCUGUCGCGGAGAUUAAUGCAGUCAUGAAUGCACACCUGCCCUUUGCUGUGGUGGGCAGCACCGAGGAGGUGAAGGUGGGAAACAAGCUGGUCCGAGCGCGGCAGUACCCCUGGGGAGUGGUGCAGGUGGAGAAUGAGAAUCACUGCGACUUCGUGAAGCUCCGGGAGAUGCUGAUCCGGGUGAACAUGGAGGACCUUCGCGAGCAGACCCACAGUCGGCACUAUGAGCUCUACCGGCGCUGCAAGCUGGAGGAGAUGGGCUUCCAGGACAGUGACGGUGACAGCCAGCCCUUCAGCCUUCAAGAGACGUACGAGGCCAAGAGGAAGGAGUUCCUGAGUGAGCUGCAGAGGAAGGAGGAAGAGAUGAGGCAGAUGUUCGUCAACAAAGUGAAGGAGACCGAGCUGGAGCUGAAGGAGAAAGAAAGGGAGCUGCACGAGAAGUUUGAGCACCUGAAGAGGCUCCACCAGGAGGAGAAGCGCAAGGUGGAGGAGAAGCGCCGGGAGCUGGAGGAGGAGACCAGCGCCUUCAACUGCAGGAAGGCGGCCGUGGAGGCCCUGCAGUCCCAGGCCUUACACGCCACCUCACAGCAGCCCCUGAGGAAGGACAAGGACAAGAAGAACAGAUCAGAUAUAGGAUCACAGCAGCCUGGUUCGAGCCUCUCGAACUCUAAGGUGAUGAUGACCAAAGCCAGUGUGGAGCCCUUGAACUGCAGCAGCUGGUGGCCCGCCAUACAGUGCUGCAGUUGCCUGGUCAGGGACGCGACGUGGAGGGAAGGAUUCGUCUGAGGCAGCAGAUUCAUCACGUGGGGCUGGCUCAGCAUCACUAGGGCGUGGAACUAGAGACCAUGGUUUUUAAUGUUAGAAUACCCCAUACUUUUCAUACUAUCAGUGACCAAAAGUCCAAACAGUUGCAGUUUCCACUGGGGAGCACCCAGUAGGACCCAGUCCUUUUCAUUUCUGUCCAGGGUCCCAGAAGGGGCUUGAGGCUUAAUGUCCAUUCUGUGGGCAACCCGAGCUUCCACCCUGGAGAGAAAAGCACUCUGCUUUGUGAUGUGGUCAUGAGGAGCCUACAGUAUCUAGAUGAUUAAUGUUUCCAUUCUGAAAAACAGAAACAUACUGUUCAAGAUCAAGGGAGCUGAAAAGUUACUUGUAUCUGCUUGACUUAAACUGUAGCAGUGGCCCGUUUUCACAAUGAAACAGCCCUUAGUGAUUUAAUCUUCACGCUUCCUAACAGACCCAAGCCCUAUGACAUUUCCAUUGCAUAAUUUUGCCUUACUAACAGAAUCACAUCCUUAAGGACGAUCAUCACUCCCCUCACUAAGACAAACUAAUGUGUGAUAUUUUCUAAGUGCCAGAUCAAUAUGGUCUAAAGCUUCAGUAAGGAUUGUGUGUAGGUGAAUAAAGACAGCUAAGUGAAUGUGUGUAAAGUGUAGCAAAAGCAGACAGAUAUUUAUGUACGAAAUUCAUAGAAUGGAAAGUUAAAUAUUUUUGCAG